ACCAGAGAUGAAGCCGAAAUGGCUGCCGCCUGAUCAUAGUCGGAAGCUGGUCGCGAUUGUUUUUAUCGUCUUCCUGGUGAUGUUUGCGAUACGCCGGGGCCUGUACCACAGCCUGCACUUCAAGCACAGACUCGUACACCCAGGAGUCCUAAGCAUGAGCACAGAUCACAGAGGAGACCUGCUGGAGAUGGUACGGUCCAUCGUACCUCCCCUCGCCUACGACCGGCACAAGGGGCAGGCUGGGAGAGUGGGGGUGGUCGGGGGGUGUCAGGAGUAUACAGGUGCUCCUUACUUUGCUGGGAUUGCUGCACUGAAGUCUGGAGCAGACCUGGCCCAUGUCUUCUGUACCAGUGAUGCUGCGACUGUCAUCAAGUCCUACAGUCCUGAGUUAAUCGUCCAUCCACUUCUAGACAAGCAGACUGGUGUUGCUGAGAUGUCCACCUGGAUGGAGAGACUACACACCCUGGUGGUGGGACCUGGGAUGGGCAGGGAGCAGCAUAUCAUGGACAAUGUCAAGGGAGUCAUUGCAAAAGCUCGCCAACUGUCCAUUCCUGUGGUCAUUGAUGCAGAUGGCCUAUGGCUGGUGACAGUCAGUCCUGAAGUCAUCACAGGUUACAACAAGGCCAUCCUUACCCCCAACAUUGUGGAGUUCAACAGGCUCUUCCAAGCUAUGCUUGGGAAGCAGCCAGAGAAAAAUGCCUCCUCAGAAAAUGUGAAACAGUUGAGCCAGGCUAUGGGGAACCUCACCAUUGUACAGAAGGGCCAGACUGAUGUUAUAUCUAAUGGAGACAAAGUUCUACUAGCUGAUGCAGAAGGCAGCCCUUGCAGAGCAGGAGGGCAGGGGGACAUCCUGUCAGGAGCCAUGGGGGUGUUCACCUUCUGGGGGUAUGAUGCUGUCAGAAGAGGCGUUGACAAUCCACUGCUGAAGGAAUACGGCCCCAGUAUUGCAGCAGCGUAUGGUGCCAGCACCCUGACCAAGACCUGCAGCAGACUGGCUUUUUCCAAGUGGGGACGAUCCAUGGGCGCGGCCGACUUGAUCCCGGAGAUUCAUUACGUCUUUGAGGAGUUGUUUGAGAUGUCUGGACCUGGAACUCCUGUACAGAGACUGUAGCAGAUGUGAGGGUCUAUGUUACUCAACUUUGUUCUGUUACUCAAGUUCAUUGUUAAUAAUUGUCGCCAAGGCCACACCAUUUUGAUUUCUUGGUUUUGGGAUCCACUGCUGAAUUUUUCUCUUGUUUCAGAGAAAAAAAAGAUAAAACAUGAGUAUACCAUUCAGGAUAUAUCUCAACCAUUUUGGCAACAACAGUUGAAUGAAGUCUUUGUCUUCCAAGUUGUUACAGUUUUUCCAACUUUGUAAUCCAGCCUGGUGUGUUGACUUCAUGUUUCUUUGUUAUUGUACCUGCUUACUCCAAUACUUUCUUGCAAAAAAAUCUGAGAACCAGGAAAUUAGAUUGCUGUGACCUUACAUGUACCUUAAACACUUGAAGAAAUGAAACUUGCCUCAUUUGUGAUUUUGGAAACCCUUGUUCAGAGACUAACAGAUGUUAUGAUGUUUGUUUGUCUGUGCUCAACUUUGUCUGUGUUCAACUUUGUCUGUGUUCAAGUCUGUUGUGUUAUUAACAGUAUAACCAUGCAGCAAAGAUGUUUUCAUAAUUAUUUCACGAUAAUGUUGAACAAUGCAGUAAGAAGUUAACUAGUAUGUUAUCUUGUUUUAUUUGCAAAGAAAUGUUGUUGUCUGAUUAUCUUUUGAAACAGUAUACACUGGCAUUCUUUGGGAUAUAUUUUAUAUGUAAUGGUAAAGUUCCAACACAAAAGGGAACUCACCAUGAAUUUUAAGUUAAACUUGUCAACCUUCUUCAUGAAUGAUCCACUACACUGACUUCCAAGAAGUCAAAAAGCAUAAAUAUGUUUAUAAAUCUCUUUAAGAUUUCUUUAUUUGACUCAACUUACAAAGAUGGAAUUUGUACGCAAAUUAAACUGCUUCCUGAAUACUGUAUAGUUUGUGUUGGAAUCUCCUGAUGAGUUUGUAUAACUCUAUGCUAAAAUGAAGACCUUCAGGGAUUGAAAAAAGUUGACUUAACGACAAAGAAGGUCAGGACGGACACCUUAAAUCUUGGAAGCAAGGAGGAGAGAGACGACCCUCAAACCACACCCAGACACAUGACAUUUUUCACUGUAACCAUGGUCCUAUCAAACUGUCAACCACUUAGAGUGGUGACAUUUAGAUAAUAUCCACUAAUAAAGAUUUACUCUGCCCAGCAACAGUGACCCUGUAUUUAUA